AUGUCUACCCAAGAUGUUAUCGAAUCUAAUUUUGUCGAUGAUGUUGAUUAUGUUCAUUCAACACAUACACAAGAGGCACAAUCUCUAGGAAAUACAAGAGAUGAAAGUGAGAGUAGAAGUACUAAAAGAAAGAGAACAUCUCCUGCAUGGGAUCAUUUUACAUUGCAAAUAAUUGAUGGUAAACUGAAGGCAGUUUGUAACCAUUGUGGGAGGAAAUUAGGGGGAGAGAGUAGUAAUGGGACUAAACAUUUGCUUGCUCAUGUGAAAAGAUGCCCAGUUAUAAAGGAACAACUUGCCAUGAAUCCUAAUCCUAAUGCAAGUCCUUCGGUCACAACUUACAAUUUUGAUCCUGAACUAGGGAGAAAAAAGUUAGCUCAAAUGAUCAUUCUACAUGAAAACCCUUUAUCGAUGGUUGAGCAUAGUGGUUUUAUAGACUAUUCAAAUACUCUUUGCCCUAUGUUUAAAAUGUUGUCAAGGAAUACAAUUAGGUCUGAUAUUUUGAAAAUGUACAAGGUUGAGAAGGAAAAAUGUAGCCAAAUUUUGGAGAAGAAUAGAAGUAGAAUAGCUAUAACCACUGAUAUGUGGACUGCCAAUCAUCAAAAGAGGGGAUAUAUGACUGUGACAGCUCAUUUCAUAGAUGACUCUUGGAAGUUGCAUAGUAGGAUUAUAAGUUUUAAGUAUGUACCAUGCCCACAUGAUGCUGUUACACUUAUUGAUACAUUGAGUUCGUGUCUGUCUGAAUGGAAUAUUGAAGACAAGAUUAGUACAGUAACUGUGGAUAAUUGUACAACUAACGAUGCAAUGAUUCCACUUUUGAAGGAAAAAUUUAAUUCUAACUGUUUCAUUUUAAAAGGAAAGUUACUUCACAUGCGUUGUUGUGCGCAUAUUUUGAAUCUUAUUGUCAAGGAUGGCUUGUCUGUUAUUGGUGAUAGCAUUGACAAGAUUCAAGACAGUGUUUCUUAUUGGUCGGGCACACCAAAGAGGUAUGAGAAAUUUGAGGACACUGCUCGUUCUCUUGAAGUGACAUGUACUAAAAAGUUAUCACUUGAUUGUCAAACAAGGUGGAAUUCAACAUACUUGAUGCUCAACAUAGCUUUAUUGUACAAUAGAGUAUUUGAACAAUUAAAACUACGUGAUUCAAGAUAUGUUAGAUAUGCGCCAUCAGGAGAUGAUUGGAUUAGAGCUCAAAAAUUGUGUGACAAGUUGGAAGUGUUUCAUGAGGUGACAGAGUUGUUUUCUGGAACCAAUGGAUGA